ACAAUGGCCGCUAAUCCUCUUAGGUGGAGCCUGGAAAAACAUGAACAUGAAAUCUUACCGGAGCACAUAGGAUAUAACAUUGGAGACUGUGACUUCAUAUUUGGCCCCACCCUUUUCAAUUACCAUUGGUUCUGUUACGUGAUGGAUGUAAGAACCAUGCGUUUCUAUGCCCUUGACUCGUUGGUGGACAAUUUGACGAUGUUGAGAUUACAAAGAGAGGAAGAAGAAGCAAUGAAAACAGGGAAGAAACCACAAAGGAAGCAAGGGAAGAAGAGAGGACAGAUAGAUCCUAAGCAAUUCAUGGCGAGAGGGAUUAGAGAUUGUUUCUGCCAAGUGCUUCGUGUGCUGAAGCCAUCACUGUUUGCGGAGGAGGACAAGAUUGACGAGGAAGUCACAUGGGCAAAAGUUCAUGUGCAAUCUGACACGGACUCUUGUGGGGUGCAUGUGUUGAGCUGGUUACAAACAUGGGACGGCACUGAGUAUGGUGAUGACGGCUACACAAUGCCUAAGUACUCCCCUGAAGAAAUCCAUGACUUGAAGGUUGGAUGCUUGUGGUGGCUCGUGACUCAUCGGAACAACCUGCAUGGCGAUGAAGUGCUGUCUUUGCUGCGAGGAAACCCCCAAAGCAAGAGGAAGAAAUAAAUGACAAGCAUAUAUUGUAUUUACAUUUAUUUAUUUGACAGCAUAGUGACAUCUG